AUGGAUGAGAAGAUCAAACAGCACUACUUGGCGGACUCGCCGCCGACGGUCGUCCGCCUGGAGAUCAAAUCGCACUUUGAUAACCUCACAGACCCGAAGCUCCGGAAAUAUGCCCACUAUAUGAGCAGGGCCGCUUUUGAAGGUACCCGCAUCACCUUGCGUCAAGUCUCACCAGAGUCGGAGCCCAUCUAUGAUCUGAUCCUGUCCCUUUACCGCGCCUGCAAUGGCAAUUGGACCGAGCUUUCUCAGAAGACCAAUGUCAGCGACGAGCACCUUCGCUUUUUCCUCGAGUACGCGGCUCAGUUCCUUGGCAACUGCGGCAACUACAAGGGUUUCGGAGACUCGAAGUUCAUUCCUCGCUUGCCCGUCGAGUCCCUGGAGGCUUUGGCUUCUGUUACUCCCGAGACGAAGGCCGCCUUUCAAAAGGCGAACUCGACUGGAGGGGGUAUCUAUGAGACGAAGGAACAAUCACUCAUGCACCUGGGCUAUUCUGAAGCCGGUCAUAUGACGACUUACUACCCGGAUUCUCCGUCUAUCACGAAGGAUGAAAUCACGGCCAUUGGUGAUCUCAUGGAGAAGAAGGGACUGCCUCUCGAGAAUACAAGGCUGAAGAAGACUUCCUCGGGCGAUUACGAGCUGCUUGUUGCGUCGGGAAUCUCAUCGCCUCCUCCCCGGGACAGGGACCUGGGUGAUGUCGAUACACUAGAAUUAGAGGGCAGUCUAAAGGGAAAGAAGCUGCGUCUGGUUUUUGGUGACCACCUAGAAGAGAUGGCAAAGAUCGCCCACAGCAUAAAAUUGGCGGAGAAGAACGCCGCAAACGACACUCAGAAGCGCAUGCUUGAUGCGUAUGCCAAGUCCUUCGGUACCGGUUCGAUCGAGGCGUUCAAGGAGAGCCAGCGUAUUUGGGUUAAGGACCAGAAGCCGGCCUUGGAGUCCAACAUUGGUUUCGUCGAGACCUACAGAGAUCCUCACGGUGUCCGAGGCGAAUGGGAGGGAUUUGUCGCUCUCGUCAAUCUGGAGCGUACCAGAGCGUUUGGAAAGCUGGUCGACAGCGCUGAAAGCAUGAUUCCCAAACUUCCUUGGGGUGAAGAUUUUGAGAAGGACAAGUUCCUGAGCCCCGACUUCACGUCACUUGAGGUCUUGAGCUUCCAGUCGUCCGGAAUUCCUGCCGGCAUUAACCUUCCUAACUAUGAUGACAUUCGUCAGAACCUCGGCUUCAAGAAUGUUUCUCUCGGAAACGUGCUCGGUGCAAAGGCGCCCAAUGAGCCGGUGCCGUUCAUUGCGGAGAAGGAUCUGGAGGUGUACCGCAGGUGUCGCGAUCCGGCUUUUGAAGUCCAGGUUGGCAUUCAUGAGCUCUUGGGACAUGGAACGGGCAAGCUGCUCCAGGAGACCAGCCCUGGGCAGUACAACUUCGACAUCUCGAACCCUCCGGUCAGCCCGGUCACCAACAAGCCUGUGUCUAGCUGGUACAAGCCGGGCCAGACCUGGAGCUCUGUCUUUGGGGCCAUUGCCUCUUCCUACGAGGAGUGCCGCGCGGAAUGCGUUGCCAUGGUUCUUGGAUGCGACUUCAGCAUCUUGAAAAUCUUCGGGUUCGGUGAUGGGACCGUGGACCUGAAUAACGAGGCGGGCGACGUUCUCUUUGCCGCAUACUUGCAAAUGGCUCGUGCGGGUCUCGUUGCCCUCGAGUUCUGGGACCCUAAGACCCAGAAAUGGGGUCAGGCGCAUAUGCAGGCUCGCUACAGUAUUCUACGGACUUUCCUCGAUGCGGGCGACAAUUUUGUCAAGCUCGCCUACACCAAAGAGGAUCUGUCUGACUUGGAGAUCCAUCUGGACCGGUCCAAGAUUCUCACUCACGGGCGCCCCGCAGUCGAGAAGUAUCUGCAGAAACUCCAUGUCUACAAGAGCACAGCGGAUGUCGAAGCGGGCAAGAAGCUCUAUGAUGACAUCACGUCGGUCGACGAAUGGUGGGGAACAAAGGUCCGUGACAUUGUUCUGAAGAAUAAGAUCCCUCGCAAGUACUCUGUAUGUACUUGGCUGGUGACCGGAUGGUUAGUCAUCUGUUCAGCCUUUACGCGCCCUCUUAUCCAAACAAGUGUGCUUGCGAUCAACUCGGGACGAGACCCAUCGGCCAGCAGGAUCGCCGUCAGCCAAUUCCAAUCCAUCGCCAUAGAUCCCAACACCUUGUCGCGGCAAUCAGACUCCCCUGGCUCGCCUCCAAGGGCGCGGCCGAUUUGUCUAGCAGAUUCCGUUGUGGAGGAAGAAGACGACUAUUAUACCGCGCCGCCAGGAGAUCCCUCCUAUCUGGAGGCGUCAUCAUCCAGCCUCGCCUCGUCGCACCCUCCGCCCUUUUCGUCCCUCGUUUUUGGUCCCGUCUCCGAAUCCAGCCAUACCAAGGUCCCAGCCUCCCAGCCUGGGCCAGCUUCUGUCUCGACCUCUACUCCGCCGCCACUAGACGAGGAGCCGCUAGAGCCUGACCCAUCGUUGCCCAUCGUUGCCGAUACCAAGGCUUCGUUCACUCGCGAGUCAAAGGGAGAUUCUGCAGGAAAAUCAGCCGAAGACGGAGAGCCCCCUCCUCCCUAUACCGAAGGAUCUAGUCCCAUUCAAUCAUUUACCUACGUAAUGGCUGCAGCCGGAGGCGCGUCGAGUCUUAUCACGCAAGUGCAACAAGUGGGAGGUCCUCCAAUCAAUACACUAGGUGAUAUCGGUGGAGAUGAACAUAUCACUCUGGAACUCCGUUGCAGAGGAACCCACUUUACUUUGUCGCGCGAUGAACUUCUGACUCUCCCCGAAUUCGUGCUUUUAUCCCUCUUUCCAAAUGGUCUGCUUCCCGACGGCCAUAUGGGAACCUUCCAUGAAGGCGAUAUCUACCCCGUCGACUACGAUCCGGCGUCGCUCCAAUACAUGCUGGACUUUUUUCGUUCUGUCGCCCAAUCGAUCCCAUCUUCGUCGCCGUCGGCAUCUACAUCGCCAGAUCUAGAUAUGUCUUCCGAUUCCAUGCAGGGUUCCGCCAGAGAUAUGCUCCAUGAUCGGGCUGGGAUUAUCGUCUUGCGCGAGGAUCUCGACUUCUACGCGAUACCACCGCGACCGGAUAUAGAUCACACGGAGAUGAUUGAGGUCAAGCGUGCAGCAGCAAAGGCUUUGCUCAAGCAGGACGGGAUUUUUUCGGGCUUGCGGAAGAGUGACGAACCCGGUUCCACGGAACAGCACCUGAUUGAGAUGUUGACUGCAGGCGGUUUUGACCGUGACGACCGUUGGGGUCACCGGGCGCCAGAACCUAACAAGGCAGUGAUCUGUAGCCUUGCCUUGGCCAAGCUUCGCACAGAUAUCAGGGGAGAUCUGUCCAAUAACAAUACAGUUGGAAUGGCGCAGAAGCUUCUCCUGUUCUGGCGGAAGCCGGCGAGAAGAUGCUGGUGGGAGGGAAUUGAACUCGACGAUAUCGAAGGCGUUGAAGGCAAGGUCAAGAUCUGGAUCCGCAGAGUCUGGACUCUAGAAAUGGUGCGAUUCCACGAUGUUUGUCCUCGGGCUGAGUGA